AUGAAACUAUUUCAACAAAUAAUUGGACUGAGUGCGCCUGGAGAUUUCGGUUACGAGGAAUUAGCUGUUGAAAGCUCGCUUUUCAUUUCAAAGAAACUUGGGUGUUUUUCUGGAAAUUUGACGGACUUUGAUCUGGCUCCUGUUCUGAACUGUAUGAGAAACAUGAAUGCGAUGGACAUACUCAAAAUGCAAAUUCAGAUGACAGAUGAGGAUGGGAAGAAUUUCACUCGCAUAAUAAAAGGAGCUCCGUUCAUGGACCUUGGUGGUAAACUUUCAGAGUUUAAGAAAACUACCCCGAAGUCUGCUGUUUGGUACUACAGAGCAUGA